UUUUCUUCCACUCUUCCGAUGACGUUGACAUUCAAAUUUUUUUUUUUGUUUGUUUGUUAAUUGAAUGAAUUGAGAAUAUUUUUGUUGUCGUGUCAUUUGUGACCAAAGUGAAAAUAUAUCCUGCAUUCCAAUUUGAUUAGAUUUGACAUAAUCCAUUGUUUAUCCAUAAUUUGCAUCCAUGGCUGACCGUCGUCGUCAACGAAAACGUCCAGAGUCAUCAGUAAAUAAUGAAGAAUUGGAAAAGCCAGAAAAAGUGGAAUAUGAGAUUGCAAAAUAUCUACGAUCAAAUUUACCACCUAAACAAACUACAUUGUUGGGCCAUAAAGUUGAUUAUUUCAUUGCAUCUCGAGCCAUCGAAUUGUUGAUGAAUUCCAAAUGGGCCCAAUCGAAUAAACGUAAUGAUGAGGUGAUGUUUCCUACCCGCGAAUCGGUCACUAAUUUCAUGAAUGUCAUGUUGCGUCACAAAUUUUUUCAUCGUGCGAAAGCUAUCAUCGUUAAAAAGGAAAUCAAAAAGAAACAAGAUACGGAUAGUACUGAUGAAGGAACAAAAUGUGAAACGAAAAAGAUGAAAAAUGUUAGUGAAAAGUCCAACAAAAAUGUGAAAGAACAAUCAACAACUUCAGCGGAAAAAAUGGCUAAAAAAGAGAAAAAGAAAGUCAAAUUAGACAUGCAUAUGGAACAAAUUUUUGUCGAUGCUAAUGAGCCAUAUGUUUGGAUCUAUGAUUACAUCCCAAUGCGUACAUGGUUGAUAGGUGGUGGACUAGUGAUAGCGGCUAUCGCGAUAUGUCUUUUCCCAUUAUGGCCUCGAAUUGUUAGAAAUUAUGUCUACUAUUUGAGUAUAGCCGUUGCUGUUUUCUUAUUCUUCAUCAUUGCUUUAGCACUAUUAAAAUUAGUAGUAUUUGCAAUUGUUUGGGCAUUAACGUUUGGACGUCAUCAUUUAUGGAUUUUGCCUAAUCUUACAGAAGAUGUUGGAUUUUUUGAAUCAUUUUGGCCAUUGUAUAAGCAUGAAUAUAAAUCUAAUAGAAACAAAGACAAUAUUGAUGAUGAUGGUGAUAAUACCGAUGAAAAAGGUCCUGAUAUUGAUAGCAUGAAUAAUAUGGAUGAAUGUAAACCAAUAAAGAAUAAAGGUGAUAAUGAAGAGACUGAAGGUGAUGAUGAUGAUGAUGAUGAAAACGGUGAAGAUGACGAAAAUUGUAAUGAAAUUCUGACAAUAAUAUGAUGAUGAUUCCAAUACAACGAAUGUUACGCCUUGCGCAAAAAAUACCAAUGGAUUUGAAAUAUUGGAUUCAAAUGAAUGUGACGAAAAUUGAAAGUAAUCCUCAAAUCUUUUUUUUUUGCUUAUAUUUCUAUCCUGUUAUUAUUACAAUUAUUUCCAUUUUUUUUAUAAACAUCUGCAUGUGAUGAUCAAAACUCUGAAACAAAAACGAAAAAAAAAUAUUAAUUUCGAAACAAAUGAGGCACAUUUAUUAAUAUUAUUCUCUUCUUUUCUUUCUCUCUCGAUAACUUGCAUUUCAUAUCAUCUUAUUUGUUACAUAAGAUUAUUAAAAAUAUAUAUUUUAGCCUUUCUUUAAA